UGUGAGAUAUUUCAAUUUUCUUCAGUUCAGUCUGCUUGAUAAAAUUACCUUACGUAAUUCUGCACGGCGUUAAUUUGUUAAAUACGCUUCUCCUUGUGAUUUCAAAUCUAAAACAACGUAGUGAGGUGUGAAAGGGUUACUGUUAGUGUUGUCGGACUUCAGUGAGAGCCCGUGUGUAUGUGAGGGCGGGAGGGAGGGUUUUACUAACACCACCAGUAGUGGCUGCGGUACAUUCCGUCUCCUGUAAACACGAGGUCGCACACACUCAGCCAGUCAGUACCUCUCUGUCAAGCUGGGAAACGGCUUCUCCUGCACCAGAGACAUUACAGCAAUGACACCUCUCCUGCGCGUGUGUUGGCUGCUCUUGGCAGCCCGCGGCUCGGCGUUUAAUCUGGAAACAACUAACACGAUCGCAAAGGAAGGCGAGAAAGGGAGUUUGUUUGGGUUUUCCGUAGCUUUACACAAACAAAACGGCUUGGACGCUCAGAGUUGGAUUUUGAUUGGAGCACCUCUGGCUCGUGCGCAAUCGCACCAACAUGCAAAUCGCACUGGAGGACUCUUUGCCUGCCCAAUAACCGAAGACAUUGACUGUAAUCAAGUCAGCAUUGAUAAUAAUGUUGACCUGGAGAGAGAGAGCAAAGAAAACCAGUGGUUGGGGGUGACUGUCAAAAGCCAAGGAAUUGGAGGGAAGGUUGUGACAUGUGCCCAUCGCUAUGAGGUGAGGCAGCGCGUGAAUCAGCCGGAGGAAACCCGGGACAUGAUUGGCCGUUGCUACGUCCUGAACCAGGAUUUAACGAUCAAAGACGAGUUGGAGGGCGGGGACUGGAAAUUCUGCGAAGGCCGCUCGCAGGGUCACCACCGAUUCGGCUACUGCCAGCAGGGCAUCGCAGCGGGCUUCACUCCUGACAACCACUACGUCUUUUUCGGUGCCCCAGGCACGUACAACUGGAAAGGUAAUGUUCGGGCAGAACAGCUCAGUCAUACUUUGGUCUACAUGGGCAUCUAUGACGACGGACCAUACGAAGUGGGUGAUGAAAGAAAGCAGCUAGCUGAGCUGGUUCCUGUACCUGCCCAUAGCUACUUAGGAUUCUCUGUCGAUUCAGGUAAAAGUCUCAUUCGACAGAACAAGUUGAGUGUCGUCUCUGGGGCACCAAGAGCCAACCACAAAGGGGCAGUGGUGAUCCUGAGGAAAGAAAGCGUCAACAGGCUAGCACCCGAACACAUCUUGUGGGGAGAGGAACUCGGGUCAUCGUAUGGCUACUCCGUUGCCACGGUGGACCUCAACAGUGACGGGUGGAUGGACCUUGUAGUUGGUGCUCCAUACUUUUUUGACCGAAAGGAAGAAAUUGGUGGUGCUGCCUAUGUCUACAUCAACCAGGCCGGCAAGUUGGAUCGAGUAAACUGUGUCCGUCUGAAUGGGACCAAGGACUCCCUGUUUGGACUGGCUGUGGCUAACAUUGGGGACAUUAAUCAGGAUGGCUAUGAAGACAUUGCUGUUGGGGCCCCAUAUGACGGACAGGGCAAGGUCUACAUCUACCAUGGAAACAAGUUUGGACUGAAUCCAAUUCCUGCUCAGAUAAUUGAAGGAGAAACGGUGGGAGUGACAAAGUUUGGGUACUCCAUAGAUGGAGGAAUAGAUAUCGAUGAUAAUUUUUACCCAGACAUGGUGGUCGGGUCACUUUCUGACUCUGCAGUUCUGUUCAGAGCGUGUCCUGUCAUUAAUGUGACAACACAGGUUUCCAUCAAUCCCCAGCAGAUUGACCUGGAGUUAAAGAGCUGCAGGCAUUUCUCAGGGAUCUGUAUUGAUGUCAAGGCCUGCUUCAAUUAUAAAUCAAAGCCUGAAUCCUACAACCCCAGGAUUGUUCUCGGGUUCACAAUUGAGGCUGAUGCACUGGAGGGUGAUGGGCAGAGGAGGAGACCUCCCCGCGUGUCCUUCCUGAACACGGAAUAUCUGGAAAACCAAUACACUGGCGAGGUGGUCCUGAGAAACCAGAAGGAGGAUAAUUGCACUGAUGUCACAAUGAAACUGCAGGAGAACAUCAGAGAUAAACUGCGGCCCAUUCCCGUGACGUUGACUUAUGUGAUCAAGGAAGCCAAGCGCAAGAAGAAGCAGGCUGAGAGACAGCUGACUAGUUUGAUGCCUGUCUUAAAUGCUGAUAUUCCAAACACAGUAAGAGAGGAGGUGAACUUCCUGAGGGAAGGCUGUGGGCCCGAUAAGAUUUGUCAGAGUAAUUUACAGUUGAAUUAUAGAUUUGGCACCAGGGAUGAUGAUGAUGUUUUCCAUCCAUUGCCACUAGAUGAACAAAGAAGGCAAGUCUUUUCCCUCAGUGACCAGAAGGACAUUGCUCUGGAGAUCAAAGUCACAAACUCACCGUCAGACUCCAAGAACCCAACUAAAGAUGGAGACGAUGCUCAUGAGGCUGUUCUAAACGCAAGCUUUCCAGACACACUCUCCUACUCUGCCUUCCGAUCAUCUCAGGACAAGAACCUGGUCUGUGUGGCAAAUACCAAUGGUUCUCUGGCUGAAUGUGAACUGGGAAACCCCAUGAAGCGAGACGCUCAGGUUACGUUUUACCUGAUCCUAAGCACUUCUCUGAUCACCAUUGAAACCACCACUCUGCCAAUUAUUCUUCAGCUCACAACCAUAAGUGAACAGAGCAAUUUGAACCCUAUCACAGCCACUGCCCACGUGAUGAUCGUUCUACCACUUUCCCUCUCUGGAUCUGUUACACCGAAUUAUGUCUCUUUUGGAGGUGAAAUUGUGGGAGAGAGUGCAAUAGAAGGAGAAGAUGAAGUAGGGAGCAUGGUUGAUUAUGAAUUAGUGGUGCUGAACACGGGAAAACCUUUGAAAGCUUUGAGCUCUGCUUUCCUGAAUAUUCGAUGGCCUCACGAGAUCAGCAAUGGCAAGUGGUUGCUGUACCCAAUGAAGAUAGAAUUUAACGGCAAUGAGAAUACGCAGUGCUCUCCAUUCCAAGCCAUCAACCCCCUUGACCUGACAUUUAGCAACAGAAGCCAAGCAAAACCUCGUGCAGAACGGCUGCAAGGAGACAGUGGAAGCCAGCGACAAAUGGUGGCUCACCAGACAGGAACAAAGAAGAGUCUGACCCUGGACUGUGAUCAGGGGACAGCUAACUGUGUUGUCUUCCAGUGUCCCCUGCAAACCCUGGACACAACCAAAGUGAAAGUAAGAGCACGACUGUGGAACAGCACUUUUCUGGAGGAGUACGCAUCACUCAGUGAAAUACGUGUGGUCAUUCGCGCUGAGAUUAGUGUGAAAUCAAGCAUUAAAAACCUUCAGAAGAAGACUGCUGCACAGGUUACCUUGCCAGUAUAUCCAGAGAAGGCAGGUGUAGUAUAUGGAGAAACACCUUGGUUGAUUAUACUGAUUGCAGUCCUAGCAGGAAUCCUGGUAUUGGCUCUGCUUGUUUUUCUCCUUUGGAAGUGUGGAUUUUUUAAGCGCUCCCGUUACAUCGAUAACGUCCCUCAGUACCACGCCGUGCGGAUAGGAAAAGAGGAGCGACAGCUACACGUUGAUGAAAAAAAGACACAAUAUCAGAAGGAAUGGAUGACUCACUGGAUUGACAGUGACGGCUACUCAUGAACCUUAUUUAUUUUUAUAUACUUUAAUAAGCAGCUUAAAACAAUGCCCUCCCCAACCUCACAACUCCCAACAAACAUGUAUGUUUCUGAUUAUAGCACCUACCAGCUGCACUGAAAACGAACAAGGUGACACUCUGAGACAGUGAGAGCGGCAAACUUGAAUCCUGAAUCCAGAGCAGAUGCUUGACUACUUUCUGUUGGCGACGCUUCCACGAUCUCAUUGUGCAUCACAAUGGUGCUUACCACUGCUGAAUUAGAAGACUUGACGUCAUUCUUAUUAGUUUUUUUUACAUACUGUAGGUAGUAAGCACCCACCCCUCUGCUAGUGUCCACCUCUUUUACCCCGACCUAAAUCAUGUUAUCUGUUGUUAUGCCACUGUGGUUCAGAUGCCCAACAAAAUAUUCUGUGAUUUGGUUUCCAGAGUUGAGUGUGAGGGGAAGAUAGUAGAAAAAACACCAGACCCUCCUCAGGUGUGACUAAAACAGGACCUGUUGACUGCCCAUUUAGCUCUCAUUCAGAGCUGAUUGAACUGGCUGUAUGAUAUUCUUAGUUGAUGGCUUCCUUUUCAAUUUACUUCCAGAACAAGAAAAUAGGGUUUUGCUUAUCAAGCCAGUCUGAUGCAGACUGUCUGUGACACAACAAACAAAAUGUCAAAAGUGAAGGGAUAACACGGAACUGGGAUUUGAGGUGAUGAAAUCACUUCUUAAUAUCACAUUAUAAUAUGAGAAGGGUAACUUAUAUUGAUGAGAUGCUUUCAUGUCCCCUGGACUUAUCAAAACAGUUCACAACUAACUGAAUUGUUUAUUUUUAAGUGGGAUUGGUGCUGUUAAGGGAAGAAAUGUGGCAGCCAAUUUUAGCACAGCAAGAUUCCACCAAAGAAAAGGGAAUGAGGCGACUGACCUAGCAUAAAGGUCAACCAUUCGGCCAAUUGGCCCAUGGGAGUAUUUUUGUGCUGUGACAAGCUUCCCUCCACCCCAUCAGCAUAAGCUCCUUAUCUGAUUCUCUGCCCUGUACACUGUUUGAGCUGAGUCACCAAGACCGCAACUGAUUUAUCAUACAGGUCGAGCCUCUAAGUGCAUGAAUAAGACCUUCAGUCUUGUCUUAAAAUGGCCAAGGCAAUCACUUUGGCAGCCAUUAGGCACUCAUUCCCUAAUAACUAAAGUAGACCAGAAACACAUUGCGUCACUUAGUGCAAUCAUGUUACAUUUCAUUUAGUGACACCAUGUCAGAGUCAUGUCUGGCUUCACAUUAGAAUGGUAAAUUGCAAAAUAACUCCUUCCAACAAAGUAAGUGUCUGUUACUUUUUGUGAGAUUCAAAUUUGAUAUCUGUUUAGUCAUUUGUUUGGAUCUGAUAUUUGGAUCACAUGAACCUGCCAGUAUAACUGUCUGGUUUAUCUUGUGGAACACUUGAUGAGGAGAAUUAGACAAUCAUGGGGAAGAGAUAAGUAUCUUCAGUAAACCCACCCCACCCCCAUAUUUUAAUGUUUCCCUUGCAAUAUUUUAAACCUGUGUGAUACCAGUUUUUUGAAACUGAAGCAAUCUUUCUCUCCUCUAUGUCCUUGUAUUUUUUUCUGUCCCUGUUGAUUUUCACCUUCUCACUCUUCCAGGCCACACCACUCUUUGUCUAGAAAUACAUCUCAGACAGAAUUCUGGGUACAAAACCAUACCUAAAGACUGCAUGGCACAAACAAACUUUGCUUCAAAAUUGUUAUCAAAUUGUGACCAUUAGAGUAAUAAUUGCCUAUAUCAGUCAAUUUUGUCUUAAUGUCUUAAGCCAUGAUCCUAUAGUUGCAUAGUUUAUGCUUUGCAAUUGAAAUAAUUGUAUCCAUCAUAACCCACGAUUAGUGAUGUUAUCUUACACUGCAGUUGCAAAUAAAUAAGGUGAGGUACUUAGCAAAGAAUUGCCCGAAAAGGUCCACUUAAGUCAUCAGAACUAAUAGCUGGACCUGAGUAAAUUAGAUUUGUCAGGUUUAAUGCCAUAAAACUUUUGCUGCUGGUUCACUCCAGAAGCUGAUCUCAACUGCUGAAUUCAAGUACCUGUUCACUGUUUCACUGUCAAGUAAUACUUGGCAUGAAUUCUGCACUGUCAUGCACUAGUCAUAGCUCCAACUCUGUUGUUAGUCAGUACCCUCUGAUGAUGAAUACCAAGGACAGCUAACUGAUACUAGUUUUAGACUUUCUCAGACAGAACAGUCUCUUAGCUUGCCCAUUCGAAAAUCAUUUCAAUGCUCCUAUCCUUGCUAGUUUCUUCCCCACAGUAUAAUCAGAUCAAUUCCAGUGCACUUUGAAAAAAGGCAUUGAUUAAGGUUUCAGGUUUUCCUGAAUUAACAUUCUCCUCCAUUGUUCCCUAAGAUCUACUUUGAUGACCAUAUUUUCAUACCUUCGGGGGUAUAUAACACAUGUCAUGCUCUCUUUUUGUUUAAUUUUUGUUCCUUAGAGCAGUGAAGAGAUUAAGAAAUGUGCAAUGGAUGUGCAACGAACACCAAGCAUUCACUGCUGCAGAGAUAUAAACCAAAAAAUGAUGGAAACACUCACUGGGUCAGAGAGAUCCUUUGAAGAGAGUGAAAGAGUUGAUCUUUCAUGUCAAUGGCCUUUCAAUGAUUAGAAGCAUUCUAUAUCCACAGAUGCUGUCUGACCAGUGAAGUGUUUCCAACAUUUUUGGGUUUUUUUUUUGUUUCAGAUUUCCAGCGUCUGCAGUGUUUUGCUUUUAAAUGCCCUCAACCAGUCCCACUGGAUAGUGCUUCUCAAAGAGAUCCAGGGCCUGUGGGCAGGCACUUCAAGUCAAGUACAUGUCAACAAUUUGCAUUGUCCUCAAACCUUGGAAAUAGCUAUGAGUGGGCUCUGUUUGUGGAUAACCAUGCCCUCACUUGACCUCCACUGCCAUUAAUUGUGGAUGGAAAAUGUGCAAACCCAACCUAGAAAUAUUUGAGAGUUACUCUUCCAUUAAACCGGAUCAAUCUGAUUUUGAUUGGGCAUCAAGCUUAAAUACUCCACUGUGGUAAUCAGAAACAUAUCAAUAUGCCUCCUGAUUUGCUUCAUUUUCUAUUGUCUGAAUGAAUCUGUGCAUUUGAAUGUCUUGGCACAUUGAAUAUGAUUAAGAGACUUAUUCACAAAACAGGCCAAUGAACAGGACUAGACUACAAGUUUGUCACCUUUAAUUUGGCACUUUCUUUUCCAAAGUAUAUUCCAUGUUUCAGAAAUUGCCUCUUGGCAUCCUCUUUCUCCUGCAGAGAAUGUUAAUUCUGUGGGCAGGAGAUCCACUUCCACCUCUCAUCAGGCCAAAAGCUCUCUGGCUGAUUAUUCUGGGAAAUGCGCUUUAAGGGAGAACCAGAGUGUAUUAUUGACCACCAGCUUAUUUUGAGAUUCUCUGCAUCCCAGGCCAGGUUGCAGAAGGUGUUAUGCUUCCUGCAACACAGCAUCUUUUGCUGUUUCUCUGCAGUUUUCACUCAGUGCAUCCUGAUGCGGAGGCCCUGAGAUAGAAUUGGUCUUCAAUGUUUGUACAAAGCAGGUCUGCUGUCAUCUACACUCCAUUAUUCUCUUCCAUUGCCUUUUUAAAAGCAAAAUUAAGCAGCUCCUCACAACUCAGUUCCACUCCUUUUACCUUGACCCAAUUUCAAUCUCAGACUGCGAGAUGUGGAAUUGGCCAGAAUCCACAGGAUUGGGUGAUGGUGGGGAUGGGGAGAAUGCUGAGGGUGCAGGGAAAAUUGGAGGGGCUUCCUAUUCCUCAAUGUUGUCCUGCCACCAACCGUACAGAAGCCUCUGUGCCUACAAGGUGUCUCAUAGCUUCAUGACUUUAUCCUGCAUUGGCUUGUUUGCAUUUGACUGAUCCUGUUGACCUUGGAGCUGUAUUGUGAGUACAGACACUGAAUUCCCAUCUACUGAAUCUUUAAAGAAAGUCUUUAUUGUGCAGCAACAAUAGUUAUUAGUGACCUGAGUGACUUCAACUCAGUUUAGUGUAUGGUACUGUACAGUGUUAAAUCAAAUGUAUGCAUCAGUUGAACAUUGUACAAGAGUGAAGCCUUGGUAAUGUCAGGUUGGUGUGCAAUGUUUCCCAGACUAUAAAGACGACCAGUGUGACUAUAUCAACAAGGACAGUGGCAACACCCCUUUUCAGUAACCCUUUAAUCUUUGUUUCAAGGUUAAGAUAUUCAUACUUGUAUAUAGUACUUUGAGGAAGCCACAUUCCACUGUCUUACAUUUUAGCCCUUCUCAGGAAAUAUGUUGUUCCAUGGCAAAGACAGGUGGCUAAACUUCAGGCUAGUAUCAACCUAAAGUGCCCAAAUGCUUAGUUUUUUUUGGACAUGAAAUGGACACAUUUAAUCUAGAACCAAUCCCACAGAUGUGGGUUGGUGGGUUAAUUACCCUUAUUGUGUGAGUGGUAGAAUCUGGGAGGAGUUAAUAGGAAUGGAGGGAGAAGAGGUUAAAGGGAUUGCACUGUGAGUCAGCAAUGACUUAGUGGACUGAAAUGGUGUCCUAUGUUUUAAAUAAAUAGGGAAUAUGGAGCAGGAUGUGAAAUAUGGAAUAAAUGACAUUUUCCUCCAAAGAGCCCUUUCAGAUUAGCUGAGAUUUUAUUGAAUGACAGAACACACUCAAGGCCAAUUGACCCACUCCUGUUCUUACUUCCUAUGUUCCCUGUCUUGUCCCAUCUAUGUCUUGUAAGGCAGAUGGCUUGAUUGGGAAUUGAACUCAGGCCGCUGGGUUGAAAGUGCAGCACACUACCACUGUGGAUUGUGUGGGAAUCCUGCAGACUGGAGUUGACGUGCAGAUUCAAAAGCAAGUUUUACUUUCUUUUAGUCAAGAAGGACAAAAAGCAGGCAAGGGCAAAAACAGGCAACCAGUCCAACUCAAAAACGUAGUAAUCCACACACAGGUUCCAAGAUCCAAGAUCUUGAUGCACAAGGAUGAUCCAGAAAUGACAGGUAGUAAGCAGACAAAAAAAAAACACAAAGCUCAAAAAAGGAAAAAAAAACAUAUGUAUCAGAGGUUUUUGCUACUUACAAGAUCACACUGAAGACUGAGCAUAGAUAUAGGAAGCGGGAUUUGAAUACACACAUGUUAUGUGCAUUCAAUGAUCAAUAACAAGAGAGUCCAAUCAGUUCUGUAAAUACCCUUGGGGAACAGUGUCUGUCCCUAUUGGCCAACCCCAGAAUAGACCAGAGUCCUAACAGGACCCCCCUCUCCUAGGAACGGCUCCUGACUUUCCCCAGGGACGAUCAAGGUGGUGGUAAUGGAACUCCUGAAUGAGAUCAGGAUCCAAAACAUUCUGUGCCGAAACCCAAGAGCGUUCUUCAGGCUCGUGACCCUCCUAGUUCACUGGAUGCACCAAGAGUCCAGCAGGUGGUGGACUGCGUAUACAGGCUGACCAUCAACAAGCCUUGAAAUGGGGGUGGGGGGGGGGGGCGGUGUGGCUUGUAGCAGGAGCCAAAUGACUGGCAACCAUAGGCCUAAGAUGGAAAACAUGAAAGGUGGGGUUAAUCCAAAUUGAUCAGGGGAACAGGAGUGAACUAGAGCCACAAUCCUGGAGCUGAAAACAAUGGGCUCAGGGUCCCCUUUUGGAACCGGAGGCUGGAACAGGCUGAACAGGACAAAAUUGAACCUGUUGAAAAACAGAGCCCACUGGGUUUAGUCUUUUGACUUGCUGAAUGUACUCUGGGUUUUUGUGGUUGGUCUAGACAGUGAAGGGAUGCUGGCCCCAUGCAACUAGUGUAUGCAUUCUUCCAAAGUUAAUUUGAUAGCCAAGAGUUUCUUUCUGUAGGUGCAAGACAAUGCGAGUAGAAGGCACGUGGAUGUAACUUGUCAGAAGUCUGUUGAGACAACACUGCUCCAACACCUACAUCCACUUUAGCUAUGAAAGCUAUGAAAGGGAGAGUAGGAUCAAGGAGGUCCAGGAAUGGGGUGGUCCUGAGCUCUAAGAAAGCUCUUUCUUCUUCAGAGGUUCAGGUGAACUGGGUGGUGGCCUCUUUUUGGUCAGGGCAAUGAGAGGUGGUGCUAUAGAGCUAGAGAAGUGGAUGAAUUGUUGGCAAAAGUUGGCAAAACCAAGGAAGCAUUGUACCUGCAUGACAAAAGAGGGUUUGUCACUAGUCCCUGAAUGUUUUGAUCUUCCUGGGAUCCAUCUGGAUUCUACCCUGGGGGAUGAUGAGCCCUACGAAGGAGAAUUCAGAUGCAUGGAAUUCACAUUUCUCUGAUUUCAGAUAAGGUGGCUCAUGAGAAGGCACUGGACGAUUAGUCAAACGUGAUGAACAUGCUCAUGGAGUGACUUGGAGAACACCAGAAUGUCAUCAAAAUAGAUGAAAACAAAGCGGUUUAACAUGUUGCGCAGGACAUCACUGAUGAGGGCUUGGAACACAGCUGGAGCAUUACUAAGUACGAACAGCAUAACCAGGUACUCAGGGACCGGUAGGGAUGUUGAAUGCCAUCUUCCACUUGUCUCCUUCUCAGAUGCGGACCAGAUAAUAGGCAUUCUGGAGAUCCAACUUGGUGAAAACUCUGACUGCUUGGAGUAGCUCAAAUGCCAAUGACAUCGAUGGGAGGGUAACGAUUUUUGACAGUGAUUUUGUUCCGUCCAUGAUAGUCAAUACCGGGGUGAAGGCCUCUGUCCUUCUUCCCCACAAAGCAAAAAAACCUGUUCCCAUAGGGGAAGUAGAUGGUCGUAAGAUACCAGCAGCGAGGGCCUUAAUGUAUUCAUUCAUUGCUACCGUCUCGGGACCAGCAAGAGAAUAUUCUACUUCAAUGAGGGCAGGUACCAGGGAGUAGAUCAAUGGAGCAGUCUUAUUGGCAAUGAGGAGGAAGGGUUGUGGGUCUUCCUUUACUGAAGACCUCCUUCAGGUCCUGGUACUCGGGAUAGCUCAGGAAGAUCAGAAGACUCAGGAGAUGUAGAAGGUGGUGUAGAGAAGAGGCAGGCAGCAUGACCGUAGGGCCCCACUCAAGUACAGUUCUGGUUGGGAAUCCUAAGUCAACAGGGAAUUGGGGGAAUGGAUGAGAUGAAGUUGGAUUUCUUCAUGAUGAUUAUUAAUAGAGAGACGCAACGGGACAGUGAGGUGAUGAACACUGCCAUUACCCAGAGGUCUUCCAUCUAGGGCAUUUACAGCCAUUGGGGACUGUGAAAGUGUUGAAAAGAUUUGUCGCAAGGGGAAUGUCCAUGAAACCGUCUGCUGCACCAGAGUCCACCAGGGCUUGGAGGGCGUGCUGUUGGUCCUCCCAGGAUAUGGAGAUGGGAAGGAGGACACCAGUGACUGAGGUCUUGGGAGUGAAAGAGGACCCUAUCGCAGCCCUCCCUCCUCUGGAUGGGUUUGGGCUUUUCCCAAUAGCUCAAGACAGGUUGACCUAAAGAGGUCCUGUUUUCCACAAUAGAGGCAACAUUUCACCCUCAUUCUACGGUUUCACUCAGCCUGAGCAAGUCGCAUUCCUUCUAAGCUCUUCCAAGGCAGUGGCCACUUGAGGGCUCUAUGGUGGAGGUAGUAAUGUCCAUACUGUGGUCUUGAGUGCAUUAGGAGCUGAAUGGGGUUCCCUCCAUCUCUCACAAAGGCGAUUGUUCAGUUGAAUGGAGAAGUCAAUCAGUGUCCAGAUCGCUCAGCGCAUCCCUGGAUGCUAACUCAUCUUUGAUGGCAUCUGAAAGCCCAUGUUGAAAAGCAGCAAUGAAUGCUUCUCAGUUCCAUUGGCUCUCAGCAGCUAGGGUGCAGAAGGAAAUGGCAUAAUCAGUGACACUGAGGGUGCCCUGAUGGAGUUGAAGGAAUUGUUUGGCCGCUUCACGACUGCUGACUGAGUGGUUGAAAACCCUCUCCAACUCAUCCAUGAGGGGUGUGUGGGUAUGUACACCAGAGGCUCUUGCUACUCACAAGAUUGCACUAAAGAAUGAGCAAAGUAAGGUACAGGAAGAAGGAUUGGAAUACACUGACAUUAAUUGAGAACAUGUUCAGUCAAUGAUCAAUAACAAGAGAGUCCAAUCAGUUCUGGAAAAACCCUCAGGGAACCUUGUCUGCCCCAGCUGGCCAACCCUGGAAUAUGGUCUAUUCAUAUUUCAUAUUUAAGAGUCCAAACACUUAAAUGCAACACAAAGAAGAAAUCUUAGAUCAACAUCAGGGCAGGUGAUUCUUUCUGAACAGAGGGUUGAGGAGAUACAUGUCUAGGUGCUGUAAUUAGUUCAAGAUUUCUCCCAUCCCUCCCCUUCCACCCUCCCUCAAAUUCUGAUUGCAACCUGCACGCUCUGCCAGUAAGAAUUGUUUAGCAGAGCAAGUACAACAUUGUUUAAUCUCCUAAGUGUUAAUGCACUGGAAGAUGAGGAGGUCUCAGCUAAUGUCAAGUUCAGCGGCAAGCAAAUGGUCACCUAAAACUGUCCUUGGCAAAGAAUAUUUGCUGUUUAUUGCCACUGGAUUCAAAACAGGAUGGAGCUUAAAGAAAAAUGAAGAAAAUCUGCACAUGAACUCAGUCAGUGGUAACAGAUAUAGGGGCAAGUGUUUGUGUGGGAUGCCUAUUUCAGGACUUCUGUUAGUGUAGUGCCAAAACAGCAGUAGAAGCAUCAGUCCCUGAUCAGCCCUCCCCAAACCGCUCCUUCCCUCCCUUAGCUUGUUAUUUCACAUAUAAUGCACUCAGUGGAGCUAAUUGAUCUUUUUCAUUGCCUUAAACCUGAUCAAAGGAACCUCCUCCUACAGCUUUCUGGGGUUUUUGCAAGACACUUCUCUGCCAAAGAACCAACUAUUCAACAAACAGGGGACUGGCAACAGUAUUUGCUGGCCAGGCAGCGUUUGUAUAGAGCAGAGGUGUUGUUCAAACAGGCAAAAGGGGUGUUAUCAGUGUCGGAGCACUACAUGCAAAAUUAUUUGACAGAGCUUUAUUCUGUCCAAUCCUGGAGACUUAGAAAAACUAGAAAGGUUUUAGUUGUUGGUAUCACUGCAGUCAAAUGUUCCAUUCCAGCUUCUCUCAACCUUCCCAUCACCCUCUGAAGGAUUCCAAUGAAAAGGUGCAUUGUCAAUAAAUCAUAACCAUAACCAUAUAACCAUAUAACAAUCACAGCACGGAAACAGGCCAUCUCGGCCCUCCUAGUCCAUGCCAAACUCUUAAUCUCACCUAGUCCCACCUACCCGCACUCAGCCCAUAACCCUCCACUUCUUUCCUGUCCAUAUACCUAUCCAAUUUUACCUUAAAUGACACAACUGAACUGGCCUCUACUACUUCUACAGGAAGCUCAUUCCACACAGCUAUCACUCUCUGAGUAAAGAAAUACCCCCUCGUGUUUCCCUUAAACUUCUGCCCCCUAUCUCUCAAAUCAUGUCCUCUCGUUUGAAUCUCCCCUACUCUCAAUGGAAACAGUCAUUAAAGGACAUUUGUAGUAAUUAUCCAUUGGAGGUAAUUCUCACUUGAAUACCAUUUAAUUACCUCACCAAAUAUUGACUGCUCACCAACUCUGCAGCACUUAUUGGAGCUAACAGUUACAAAUCCUAACCAACUGGUGGUGACCAGUGUUUCCAAUUAAUGAGUGCACUUGUCUUACCAUAUGCAGGGUGCAUUGUCUUUUAUUAUUUUUAGCAUUUAUGGGAAUGUGCUCUAAUCCAAGCUGCUAGUAAGGAGGGGAUACAGUCAGAAAUUUGGUCCCGUAGAUGUUGUAAUAUUUUUAAUGUGUGCUUCCUUUGAACACAACUACCUGUAGGAAAUAUACACAGUCAAAUACCUAAUAAUGCCAACAAAAUUCUUCAAGUCAUUGGAACUUAUUUUUUCACUCUGCUCCUUUUUUAGCCUUUAGAAAUGACCUGGUAUCACUGCAGGUUCAAUGCUGGACCAGUCCCUUUGUCCUUGGGUGGCACAGUACCCAAAGGGAAUUAGAAGGCAAUAGAUGCUAAUUUAGACCAAAGCAAUGGCAAAGGGUCAGACUGAGGUAAAUCAAGAAGCAGUGGUGGUUGACUGAUAACCAACUUGGAAUUUUACAGCCCACAAGAACAGAUGAUUGACAGGUGGGGUACCCACUGCAAUCGGGUCCCAGAUGAAGCUGAGUUGGCAUGGCCAAAUCUUAACCUUCUCAGAAGGAGGUGAAAGAAAGACAAGUAAAUUAAAAACAAUCCCACUGAAUGUCAAUCCAUGUAACUCAUGAGUACAAGCCUAAAAGGAAGGAUAUUUUAUGUUCCUUACAUCACAAAUUGGUUUACUGAUAAUAAACCACUGGUUACAAAUUAUUCCCUGGUUGCAUUUCCUUGAGAAAUUAGUUAACAGCAAAUGUCUGUAACUGUUCUACCUUAUAAUUUUGUGCCUUAACUUACCUGCUUCAAUGCUCCCUUUUGUUAUACACUUUGCAUCGAAUGUGUUUAAAUAUAGACAUUUUUCUCUAACAGUUGAUGUUCAGUACACUUUAUCGUGCCCGGUGAUUGACCAGUUCCUACCUUUAACACGAUUUCUUCAUUAGACUCUAUGGUUGGGUUAGAAGAGAUAAAAUGAUUGGUUCUGUGUUGACACAAAUACACCAAUCCAAUGUUACUGCUCUUUGAUCAUCUCUCGUGGAGACUUGCUAAGAGUGCCAUAUCUUGGACAAUGCCAACAGACCCCCACUCCCCAUACUCUCAUUUUUUUUAAUGGCCUUGCCUUUGCAGAUAGGCCAUUGGUGCAAUAUGGUGCUGAUUUCUCAAACUGGUGUCCUUCAUAUUGGAAAUUACUCUGUGAGGAGUAAAGUUCAACCACAAGCCAACAGAUUCUCAAGAAAAGAUUGGAAAGAGAAGAGGGAGGGGGGAAAAGAGAUCUCAGUGCAUUUCAUCAAAAUUUCCAUGGAUAAAUUAUUGCUGAUUUUCUCUACCUCCCACAGUGAGUGAACUUGGUCAAAGCAAACAGCCGGGGAAUGAAUAUUAGCAUAUACACUGAUUGUGCAUCUGCACUGGUCGAUCACUAGUCAUGACCUUUCACCUGAAUAUUUUGAUGUCAAGUGAUAAUGUACCCACGUCCAAAUACAACUGUCAAAUAUUAAUAUAGCUCAGAUAAUCAAAGUGCUCCAUUUUUAAAAAAUGUGGUUGUAUAUAAAUCUAUAUUUGGGUGUGGUUGCUUUGUACAUUUUGUUAACAAAUUUCAUUUCUUUAUUGAAUGUUUGUCAAGCAGUUUACUUAUUUAAUGUUCAAUUCUCAGAAGUAAUAAAAGUUAGAAAUGUCCAA